AUGGAGGCACCCCCGAGUUCAGCGACGACCGCGCCCGUGGUGCCGUCAGCGUCCGCACCACUGCAUGAGAACGAACAGUCCCAGGUUGCGCUCGUCGGAGAACAGCCGUCGCAGCAAUCUGCGUCGACGGCCAAACGGAUAGCGGUGGCAGCCGAACCCCCCAGACAGGAAUUACAACCGUCAGCCGUUGUCCAGCAGCAAAUGAACCUUGCGACGCGAACUGCACCGCCGAAACAGGCACCCAAGAUCACCAGGGACCGCUACAACCAGCAAUCCCUCGGCGCAUCGCUAAAUUCUAAGGUCAAACGGUCUCGCGUGCUCAUGGUUGGAGCUGGCGGUAUCGGCUGCGAGCUCCUGAAGGACCUGGUCCUGAUGGGCUUCGGACAAAUCCACAUUGUCGACCUCGAUACAAUCGAUCUCUCGAACCUGAACCGUCAAUUUCUUUUCCGACAAGAACACAUCAAAAAAUCCAAAGCCCUCGUGGCUAAGGAGGCCGCCGAGCGGUUCAAUCCUAACGUGAAGAUUGUCGCCCACCACGCGAACAUCAAGGACGAUCAAUUCACCGUCACCUGGUUCCGCGAUUUUACUGUCGUUUUUAACGCACUGGAUAAUCUGGAAGCGCGCCGCCACGUGAACAAAAUGUGCCUGGCAGCCAACGUCCCGCUCAUCGAGAGUGGCACGACAGGGUUUAAUGGACAGACCCAAGUUAUUAAGAAGGGCAUCACAGCAUGCUAUGACUGCACGCCAAAAGAGACGCCCAAAUCCUUUCCCGUCUGCACGAUCCGAAGCACACCAAGCCAGCCAAUUCACUGUAUAGUAUGGGGUAAAAGCUAUCUGCUAAAUGAGAUAUUUGGUGCCAGUGAAGACCAGGCUGCUUUCGACCACUCUAAGGAUGCUGAGAAUGCCAAGGAAAUCGAGGAACUGAAGCGCGAGUCUGAGGCGCUCAAGAAGAUCAGAGCCGCCAUCGGCACACCCGAAUUCCCAAAGAUGCUUUUCGAUAAAGUUUUCAAUGCUGAUAUAAAGCGAUUGCGUUCUGUCCAAGACAUGUGGAAGUCCAGAACCCCUCCAGAGGCGCUGGAAUACGACAAGGUCCUAAGCGAAGCUAGCGAUGCAAUUGUAUCAAGAGCCUCUGUGCUUGCUGAUGACCAAAAGACUUGGUCCUUGCAAGAAAGUUUGGCUGUCUUCAACGACAGUCUAGAGCGGUUGAGCAAGCGCGUGCUUGAGCUCAACCAGGCUAAAGGGCCGUCCGACCCUGAACCCAUCAUCACGUUCGAUAAGGAUGAUAUUGACACCCUAGACUUCGUCACAGCCAGCGCAAACAUUCGCUCAACGGUGUUUGGAAUCGAGAGCAAAUCCAGAUUUGACGUGAAACAAAUGGCUGGCAACAUUAUUCCUGCCAUUGCCACCACCAACGCCAUCGUCGCCGGGCUUUGUGUGCUGGAGUCAUUCAAGGUGUUGAAGGGAGAAUACGACCAGGCAAAGGAGGUCUUCUUGACGCCCUUUGCUCCUGCACGGCUUCUGGCGCCAGAUAAGUCACGCAAACCAAAUCCCGAUUGUCCAGUCUGUGGCGUCUUCAACGCUAGUAUAGUUGUUGACCUCUCGCGAGCGACGCUGAGCGAUAUUGUCGAAGGCUUUCUCAAGGAGAAUCUUGGUCUGGGCGACCGUGAAUUUUCUGUCAACAAUGAUGUUGGUAUUCUUUACGAUUUUGAUGAGACGAAUAACCUGCCCAAGAAGCUUACAGAGCUGGGAGUCCGCAAUGGAAGCUUUCUAACCAUCAUGGACGAUUCUGAUGAGGACACGUUGGUAAAUAUUGUUCUUGAUAUUGAAGAAGGGACACUGGAAGCGACGGAGAAGCCUUACAAGGCUGUUGGGGAGGACAAGUAUAACAUUGCCCGGAAGCCGAAGGCUACUCCACCCGAGACGAAUGGCAUCAGCCAAAGCAACGGCACUGUCAAGGUCGAAGUCACCAAGGGCGUGAAGCGCUCGAUCGACGAUGGUGAGCAGCAGCCUCUGAAGAAGGCUAGGAUUGAGCAAGAUGAAGUCGUACUGGUAGAAGAUGCCGGUGGCGCAAUUGUCAUUGAUGACUGA